AGCGAUAUAAGGGGAAACCCCUAUGCAAGGAUAAUUUGUGAGAUUGCUGUAUCUCAAGAUUCCUCCGACUUAAAGACUAAGUGUCGCCUUUGGAAACGGCAAACAUACGUUCGAUCUAUCCUAGGCAUCAAACUAUAUGAUCCGCUGGCUACACGCAAUACACAAGGAGAUCGAAAUCGUGCAAUGAAGGCUAUUCUUUGGAGACAAGGAGCUCCAAAACAAAAAUGGCAUUUCGGAACCGUAAACAAAGACGGAACUGCCACUGGCUGUAAUGCACCAGGAAUCCCCAACUAUAUAAUCACGAUCCCCGUUAGUGAUGUAUUUUAUGAUCCUGCGAUUCCCGCUGAUCCAGCAGUUCCUGGAGAUACUGGAUACACACCAUUACCCCCUCCUCCUGCAACAUUAAUGGGUGCUAAUUUUACAAUCGACUUGUACACCAUUCAGCAAAUGGUUUUACUCAGUCAAGCGAAGUAAAUAACUAAGACAGAAUUAACCUUUAUUACCUAUUAGAUAUGUUUAGUUAUAUAAUUAUUAAAUAAAA